AUGCAGGCAAGUAUCUUCAACCUCUCCCAGCAAAAGCGCGAACUGGAGGAAAGUGUUGCACAAGGCAUGCUUGGCCAAGAAGUCGGUCAGCUGGAUAUCAACCGCACAGAGGCACUCCUGCAGCAUAUGCAGAAGGAGAUCAACGGCCAGAGAACGUCACUGGAGCAGUGGGAACAGAGCCAGGAAAUUCCGCUUGAGAGAUUUGAUCAGCGCUUGCCGCUUGCCGUGCAGCAGGACCGGACCGAGCGUAAGAAACCGGGCGGUGACAAGCCUGUGAACGCUACGUUCACCGGAGCAACGUGCCUGGCCUGGGAGGGCAUCCUGGAAAUCGAAGAUGGUUACAGUGCUGUCGUUUGUGAAAGUAAAGCAGCAGCUCACGGCAACAUCAGUCAGGUGCGUGUCCUGAGCAACAAGUGCGAGAAGAUGCGGGAGUUGCUGCAUCUCGCCGCGUUGUACGAACAUGAGCUGGCAGCCAUGCCAGCGUGGGCAAAGGUCCAAACUGCGCAGUUCGAGCAGUCGACUGCAGAUACAUUUCUUGUCGAGCUGUCGAGCCGCGAGCAGCUUCAAGGCCAGGGGCCGGGGGCAGAAUCUGACAGGCAGUGCUCCAAGAUCGCCUGCAACAAGGACGUCAGCAAGUCAUCCGUUUCAGCGUCGAGGUCGAAUACAGCAUCUCGUGCACCGGUGGCUGGCCACUUAUCGAAAGAAUCCCUCGCUCUGAUUCGCUCAAAGAUCAAGUCCGCUGCGUACGUUGGACCGAAGCAAGGUUAUGAUGUCAUCUUCAAGCGCUUCGACAAGGAUGGCUCUGGCACGCUUUGCUUCCACGAGGUGAGAGGUGCCUUGCGUCGAAUCCUCAGGAUUCCGCCUUCCAGCCUCAAUGACUACCAGAUCUCAUCUUUGUGUGCAACGUUGGACACCAAUGCCUCUGGCAACGUCGACAUUGCCGAGCUGGUGUCUUUUCUCGGCACAGAAUCUCUCGAGGGCCGCCAUGGCUUGCUGAAGGAGAAGCUGAAUCAGGAUCUCGGCUUGAGCAAG